AUGAAAUAAGGGUUAAGGUCUAAUGGUAGGUUUGGGUUACAGAUUCCACGCAAGGGGGUCUAGUAGCGGUGUGAGUUCCCAAUAAAAGCAUUUAUUGGCCCAGAGAGCUAGACUGAUAAAAGAGGUUUAUUAUUAGAUAAGCAAAGUUAAAGUAUAAGCGAAGGUAGAGAUAAGGAGGGCACUGGACAGAGGGUCCUCACAUGGUAGCCAUGUUUGGAAUCUCUGCAAAGAGGGGUUCCCAGCGUGGCCUUUUUAUAAUAGGAGACUUAGCUCGAGGGGCUUUGAGGUGUAGCCCCAAAGUUGGCUCAUAUCCGGGUGGGGCUGGGAACAGGUCAGAUCUUCUAUUGGAAUUCAAAGGGACCAGGAUUUGUGAGUUAAAGGGCAAUUUACAUUAUUAACUAGGAGAGAGUGGGAAUCUAGAAAGGAAUCUUUCCCGCAUCACCAUGACAUGCAAGCAAAUUGGAACUAAGUGGGGGGGUGGGGAGGGGUGGAGGCUGGGCAAGGUCUCCUUUGGUCUGAUGAGCCACAACUGCAACUGGACUCUUAACUUAGUGAUGUCAUUUUGGUCCUCUUAAAGAAGGAAGGCCAGCAACCAACCAACCUUCUGGGACAGAUGAUUGACAUCUGGAGAGACAGGGAGAGUUGUGAGACAGGGGAUGCAAAAAAGAGUGUAAAUACCUAAAUGGGAGAGCCUAUGCUCAUCCCGAGUCAAAAUUGACUGUGGCUGUACUUGUAACCUAACAGCAUGCCCCCAAGGAGUUUGUAGUUACUCCCAUGCCCCAAGUUACAAAAUAUAAAGGGAAGAACUAUGAGUUUGAGAUGCUAGGGCACAUAGGAGGUAGCAGGAGCAAUUGGGAGGAAUGACCAAGCUUAGACAUGGAUACAUGGGCUUCCAAGUCCACUUUGAAAAGGAUGAAAACUCCCAAGUUAUUAAGAGCAGAGAAACAAGAGCCCUCGGCAACGCGGGGCGGCUACAAUGGGCGAUCCAGUAAAAAAAACAACUUGAGAAGGUGUCGUGAAGUCGCGUACAGAACCCCCGUUUCGGCCAUUUACGGUGUCUCGGGUGACCUUGGGGGGGGAGGGGUGACAGAACAAUGAGAGAGGAGGCGGGGGGUCAAGGGCUGGGGGAGGGGACGAGGCCCAGGGCCGAUGACGGGCUCCGAGGAGGAGGGGACAGGGUCUGAACAUAGCGGGGAGACUGAGGAUACGGAGCCCCACUGGCGAAGGGUUCCGUGCGGUGGGCCACGACGACUGGGCCGGACACUUGGGCUUUCUCCAAUACUCUCCGCCUCCUGCCCCGCCUGCUUCUCUCUCGAGCCCCGCUUCCGUCAGACUCUUUCUCUUCUUCCGGCUCUGGCCUUACGCUCGUCCGAGAGCUUCCAAUUCCGCCCAAGACUGGCAAUUCUGGAAGCGAAAAGUCAGUAAGAGUUGAACUGCGGGCAUCAAGCUCGGAAGGGAGACUGGACCUGGGACCCCUGCGCCUGCGCUUUUCUACACUUCUCACUUCUUUCCUGGCUGGAGCUGAAUUACCUUGUUUACGGAAAGAGGAAGACGGAAACGCGAAGUGCAACUCCCAAUCAGAGUGCAGAGCCCAUUAAAACGUCAUCUCCGGAGUGAUCAUGAAUACCAGACACUGCUAAGAGUGGACUAAACAUGGCUUCCACACUUCGAGUCCUACCUGGCUUUGCACGCACUCGCCCAGUACUUUGGGGGAGCCCAGCUUCCUGGUCUUCCAGCAGCAUGACGCUGGCAGAGCAGGCCUGGCAACUCUUUGAGUGUGCAGUGGGUGCAGUGAUGCCAGGCCCUAUGAUCCGCCGGGUCCUGACAGUAGACGCAGAGACUGGACAGAUGAAGGUUCGGGACAGGAACUUCCAGCUCCAUCACAAUGUUUACCUGGCAGGCUUUGGCAAAGCUGUGCUGGGCAUGGCGGCAGUGGCGGAGGAACUACUGAGCGAACACCUGGUUCAGGGUGUGAUCAGUGUGCCCAAGGGCAUCCAAGCAGCUAUGGAAAGUGCUGGCUUGAAGGAGAUGCUGCUGAUGCCACAAAGCCACAUCCAAGUGUUUGAGGGAGCCAAGAACAACCUGCCUGACAAGGACUCCCUACAAGCUGCAGUGGCCAUCCGGGACAUGGCAGAGGGGCUGUCGGCUGACGACCUGCUGCUGGUCCUUAUCUCAGGGGGAGGCUCAGCUCUGCUUCCUGCUCCGAUCCCCCCUGUUACUCUGGAUGAGAAACAUUUGCUCACUAAGAUGCUGGCCGUUCGUGGUGCCACAAUUCAGGAGCUAAAUACCAUCCGUAAGGCCUUGUCCCAUCUCAAAGGUGGGGGCCUGGCCAGGGCUGCUUACCCUGCCCAGGUGGUGAGCCUGAUCCUGUCGGACGUGGUGGGGGACCCUCUGGAUGUGAUUGCUAGUGGUCCCACGGUAGCAAGUGACCACAGUGUUCAGGAUUGCCUGCAAAUCCUCACCCGGUAUGAUCUCCGUGAAACUUUGCCCCGCUCCAUCAAGACAGUGCUGUCCAGGGCUGAUUCCGAUCCUCGAGGCCCUCCUUGCUGUGGCCAUGUCCUCAAUACAAUUAUCGGCUCCAAUUCUGUAGCUCUGGCCGAGGCCCAGCGCUGCGCUGAGGCCCUGGGCUACCAGGCUCUGAUUCUGAGCACGGUCGUGCAAGGUGCGGUGGGCCGCCUGGCCCGCUUCUACGGGCUGCUGGCUCAGGCAGCCAUUGUCCGCCUCUCCUCGUGGGUGGGGAUGGCCAAGGAGGAGGAAGACGAGCUUCGGAAGCUUGUUGAAGAGCUGCAACUCCCUGACCUGAAGCUGGGGGACGUUCUGAAGUUUCUGGAGAAGGCCAGGGGCCCCGUCUGCCUUCUGGCUGGAGGGGAGCCUACAGUGAAGAUCCAGGGCUCAGGCAAGGGUGGCAGAAACCAAGAGCUGGCGCUCCGGGUGGGCGUAGAGAUGAGUGGGUGCACAGGGAGCAACUGGGAGGCGCUCUUCCUGAGUGGUGGGACUGAUGGGCAGGAUGGUAACACCGAGGCCGCUGGGGCCUGGGUCACCCCCGGGCUGGCCUCCGAGGCUGCGUCUGAGGGGCUGGAUGUGGCGGCUUUCCUGGCCAACAGCGACUCGAAUACCUUCUUCCAGCGCCUGCAGGGUGGAAUCCACCUCCUGAGCACGGGGCUGACUGGCACCAAUGUCAUGGAUAUCCACCUGAUACUUCUGCGGCCCUGCUGACGGGACAGGGCUAGCUCAGGUCUCACCAUUUCCUCAGGGCCUAUGAGAUAUUUGGAAAUGCCCUUCUAACUAGGACUGGAAGGUGGGGCAGGGCAGGGGAGUCUGCCCCAGGCUCUUCGCUCCUUCUGUGGAAUUCCCUGGGCCACCCAGGCUUUGAAGCAGUGGUGCCCAUAGAAGCACACUAGGAAUAAGCAGUACUCAGAAAUCCGUUUCUGACUUGUCAGGUCUUUAUUGCAGUCUGCUUCCCUUGUGGUCACCCCUCUUUCUCACGGCACUACCCACCCCACAUUCUCCAGGCACAACCCUUGGCUCCCCUGGGAGAGGUAACCAAUGUGGCAGGAGGACCUUCCAACCAGUCACUAGCUAAGUUUUCUUCUCUUAACCUUGUUACCUUAGGCCGGCCUCCCCUCCAGCCCACCCCUGGGGUUGGUGAUGAGAAAAAUGUGACUGAGUGUUUAGGAAAAUAAAAAGGCUUCAUUCAUUGGCUAA